UGGCGCCGUGACGCUGUGGUUCGGUGACGCGCUGCCUGUCGGGAUCACUGUUGUCGGUGUUGGCGGAGGUUCCGGGCGGUGUACUGGGCUUCAGUGGGUAGCAGAGACACCGGCCCCGCCAACGUGGUUACAGGACUGUACCAGUCUGCUGGCAUCCCUGCUCCCCAUGACACUGCACCGAGAAUAAAGAAGUCUAUUGCAGCAGACCUGAAAGGAAUUCCAUACAAGCAGGGGUUUUAUCUAGAAGUCUGAAGUUUCUACUUGGCCUAAAGACACCAGCUACAGCAUGCAAGGAAAUGAAUGAGCGAGAUAAGUUGAUUUUGCGGAAUCAUUGGAUGUAAGUUGGACAUAUUAAGAUGACGUUACACUAAGGGGAAGGAUGUAAUUGUUGACAUUCUAGAAAAAGAACAGAGGAAGCAGUCUAGAAAGAUAAGUUGCAUCAAUCAUCGAAGACCAUAUAAAUAAGUGGAUUUUGGAGUGGACCCUAAUCCAGCUGCUGUUAAGUAGUGAAAUACAUUCGGGCAUGUGCUGACCAAAAGAAUAUUGUCCUUCAAGACCAGACCCUCUAAGUGCCUUGGUGAAGAUGGGGUUUGGCAUGGAUCUUAAGUUUUCACAUGAUGCUUUGUUAAAGCUUCAAGAUUGGGAGCUGCGUCUGCUGGAAACUGUGAAAAAAUUCAUGGCUUUGAGAAUUAAAAGUGACAAGGACUAUGCCUCUACCCUACAAAAUCUUUGCAACCAAGUCGAUAAGGAAAGUGCCCCCCAGCUUGAUUACAUCAGCAGUGUAUCCAAGUCAUGGCUGCACAUGGUUAAGCAGACCGAACAAUUGAGUAAGAUAAUGAAAAGUCAUGCAGAAGAGCUCAACGCAGGACCCCUCCACCGCCUUAAUGUCAUGAUCAAAGACAAGCAGCAAGUAAAAAAGAGCUACAACAGUAUUCACCAGCAAAUUGAGGCUGAGUUGUACAAGGUGACCAAAACAGAAAUAGAAAAGCUGAAGUUGAAUUAUAGACAGCUAACAAAAGAAGUGAAUUCCGCAAAGGAUAAAUUUAAAGAAGCCGUUACUAAAGGUAAAGAGACAGAAAAAGCCAAGGACCGAUAUGACAAAGCCACUAUGAAACUCCACAUGCUCCAUAACCAGUACGUGCUUUCCCUUAAAGGAGCCCAGCUUCACCAGGAUCAGUAUUAUGAUUCCACUCUUCCUCUUCUUCUGGAUUCUCUACAGACCAUGCAAGAGGAGAUGAUCAAAGGCCUCAAAGGGAUCUUUGAUGAAUAUUGUCAGAUUACUAGUCUUGUGUCUGAUGAAAUUGUGGCUGUGCAUAAAGAAAUUGAGAUGUGUGUUCAAGAAAUAAAUCCAAGCACAGAGUAUGAAAACUUUAUUGAGAAACAUAAGUCCCCAGAGACCAAGAAAGAGGACAUUGAAUUUGACUUGUCUUUACUGGAAGAAAUUGAAAACCUGCAAGCCAACGAAAUAAUGUGGAACAAUCUCACAGCAGACAGCUUAAAUUCAAUGUUAAAAACUGCAUCUGAGGAGCUCGUACAUGCACAGCAGUCACUUACAAGCAAGGAGGAGCUUCUGGCUGAAAGCGAAAAGGAGAUUGAAGAGUCUGCAAAUGCUUGUGAAAAAAAAUCUGACAUUGUGUUGUUGUUGAGUCGAAAACAGGCUCUGGAAGAGCUAAAGCAGACCAUACAGCAUCUCAAAUGUACAGAAACCAAGUUAGCUGCCCAGAAGGAGCUGCUUGAUUGUAAGGUUCAAGAGAAUGAAGGGAAGGAACCUCCUCCUGUAGUAAAUUAUGAAGAAGACGCUAGAUCAGUAACUUCUAUGGACAAAAAAGAACGUGUUUCAAAGUUUGAUACGUUACGUCAUUCAAUAGCUGGGAUUAUACGGUCUCCAAAAUCAAUGCUUGGAUCUUCCUCCUUUUUUGACGUAAUUUCAACCAGCGAGAAGCCUUUGUCAGAACAGGAUUGGUACCAUGGUGCAAUACCAAGAGUUGAAGCACAAGAGCUGUUAAAGCAGCAAGGGGACUUCUUGGUGCGAGAGAGCCAUGGGAAACCUGGUGAAUAUGUCCUUUCUGUGUUUUCAGAUACACAGCGGAGGCAUUUUAUCAUUCAGUUUGCUGAUAAUUUAUAUAGGUUUGAAGGAACCGGCUUUCCAACAAUCCCACAACUUAUAGAACAUCAUUAUACUACAAAACAGGUUAUAACUAAGAAAUCUGGAGUAGUUCUCUUAAAUCCAGUUGUUAAGGAUAAAAAAUGGAUUCUCAAUCAUGAAGAUGUGACCCUUGGAGAAUUACUGGGCAAGGGCAAUUUUGGUGAAGUUUACAAGGGAACAUUAAAAGAUAAAACACCGGUUGCUGUGAAAACAUGUAAGGAAGAUCUUCCCCAGGAAUUGAAAAUCAAAUUUUUAUCUGAAGCCAGAAUAUUGAAGCAGUAUGAUCAUGUCAAUAUUGUAAAGCUUAUUGGAGUCUGCACACAACGGCAACCUAUAUAUAUUGUCAUGGAACUUGUACCCGGUGGUGAUUUCUUGACCUUUUUAAGAAAGAGAAAAGAUGAGAUGAAACCUAAACAACUUCUGAAGUUUUCUUUGGAUGCUGCUUCUGGCAUGGCCUAUCUGGAGUCUAAAAACUGUAUACACAGGGACCUGGCAGCAAGAAACUGUCUUGUAGGUGAAAAUAAUAUUUUGAAAAUCAGUGACUUUGGCAUGUCUCGUCAGGAGGAUGAUGGAAUAUAUUCAUCUUCUGGUUUAAAGCAGAUUCCUAUUAAAUGGACAGCCCCAGAAGCCCUCAAUUAUGGGCGAUAUAGUUCUGAAAGUGAUGUGUGGAGCUUUGGUAUUCUUCUAUGGGAAACCUUCAGCUUGGGAGUGUGUCCGUAUCCAGGCAUGACCAAUCAGCAAGCUCGGGAACAAGUAGAAAAAGGAUAUCGAAUGUCUGCUCCACAGAAGUGCCCAGAGGAAGUUUUUAAAAUCAUGCAACGGUGUUGGGAAUAUAAGCCAGAAGAUCGCCCAAAGUUCAUUGAGAUGCAGAAAGAGCUUUCUUUAAUCAAAAAAAAAAUCACAUAGUACCAAACACACUGAUGGACACUUACCUUGUAGCAUAUUAGUUCUGUUUGGCGUAUUUGUUAAACACAUUGCAUUUACCAAAUACUGCCGUCAUCUUGUCUCGUGAAUCUGCAUGUGCCUUUUUACUGACCAGCAUCAUGAUACCACCCAAAAUCUAACACAUUGUCCUCUGAAUGUGCCAUUAAUGUAAUAGCAUGGUGCACAGAUUCUAUACAGAAAUGUCAAAAUAUAUUGUUUGUGCCUUUAGAAAGUCGGUCCUGGAGUUUUUUUUUUAUCAUUUUCCUGUUGACACCUUAUAGGAAAUAAUGGACUUUUCACUCUAGACAGUGGCACAUAAUUGAUUGAACACAUCCAUUAUUGAACAUUCUUAAACUUUGAGAUUUCUACUUCCUAUCCAUAGAUAGUGUAGUUAGUUAUCCUGAGCCAAAUAUAACCUUAAAAAUCCUAAUUAUGUUGUGCACUUUUUUUUGUAGAUGCAAUACUUUUGGUUAACCAAAAUCCUUUGAAAAGGAUAAAUAAUUCAAUAAUAACAUCCCUUUCUGUUAAGUUUUAUUGCCUUAAGUUUUUUUUUAUUUUUAUCAUUUUUGUAUAGAUGGUUAUUAGUUGUAGCUGUUUAUUCCAUGUUUUUCAAAAGUGACAAUGGGAAGUACAGAUGUCGAUGCUCCUAAAAGGGUUACCAUCUUUCAGCUCCUCUAUGGUAAAAUCCCAGUAGCUUAUAUAUAUUUACUGGCUAUAUUUUUAUUCCAGGUUGAAAUCAAUGUUGUUUUUUUAUAUGAACCAAUGAUCAUUAGUUUCAUUCAAACAGAUUUUGUAUUCCUUAGAUCCAGAGCACUGCCAGAGAUCAACCAAGUCUCUUAAAUAAGUUCACAAGCUUACGAUGUUAGACCUCAGAAAGAAGCUUACUAGACAUUGGACCUUCUACUGUUUUUAAUCUGUUGAGCAAUAAUGUUUGUUUGCAAUUAAAGGCCACAAUAAUAAUUUAUUUGUACCCGUUUUGUUUCUACUUGAAUAGCUAUAAUGUCCUAUGACCAUGACCGUUGAGUACUACAGCUGUUUAAAAAGAAAAUUCCACUUUUGGACAACAUUUCAUGGUGUCAGUCUUUACAGAACAUUUGAUAACUCUGUACAUAGUGUCCUUUACAGCACAGAGCAAGACGUUUUUAUCUGCUAUAUUCAUAUCCAAAGUUAAAAUAAAGAUCCUGCUGGUUUCUUGGAAUCUCAAUGUGGUUCAUCUGCACUUUACAGAUGUUAUACCUGUAAUUGACUGAUGCUGAGCUGUUCACUUUCAUCUAUGACACAAAAUGCACUGUUAUAUUGUAACUAAAAUCCGGCAGAAAUUUACAAAGUAUUUGAAGCAAAAUUUUCGCAGUAUUUGAAGCAUAUUUUUGUAGGUACUCUUCAUACCAUUGCGGCUAUCAUUCUUAGGGAGGUCGUGACUGGUAUGAUGGUUCCAUCUUAAGGUAGAUCUUGACAAAUCCCAUUGACUUAUGGAAUAUGGCUUUCUUGAUGGCAAGAGUAACUCUCUUUCUGUUGCUAAACACCAGAACCCUGAUGUGAACACAGUCUAACCUGUGUACUAUUAAAAUAUGUUGUGCAAAAGUGCAAAAGCUAUAAUGUCCUAUGACCAUGACCGUUGAGUACUACAGCUGUUUAAAAAGAAAAUUCCACUUUUGGACAACAUUUCAUGGUGUCAGUCUUUACAGAACAUUUGAUAACUCUGUACAUAGUGUCCUUUACAGCACAGAGCAAGACGUUUUUAUCUGCUAUAUUCAUAUCCAAAGUUAAAAUAAAGAUCCUGCUGGUUUCUUGGAAUCUCAAUGUGGUUCAUCUGCACUUUACAGAUGUUAUACCUGUAAUUGACUGAUGCUGAGCUGUUCACUUUCAUCUAUGACACAAAAUGCACUGUUAUAUUGUAACUAAAAUCCGGCAGAAAUUUACAAAGUAUUUGAAGCAAAAUUUUCGCAGUAUUUGAAGCAUAUUUUUGUAGGUACUCUUCAUACCAUUGCGGCUAUCAUUCUUAGGGAGGUCGUGACUGGUAUGAUGGUUCCAUCUUAAGGUAGAUCUUGACAAAUCCCAUUGACUUAUGGAAUAUGGCUUUCUUGAUGGCAAGAGUAACUCUCUUUCUGUUGCUAAACACCAGAACCCUGAUGUGAACACAGUCUAACCUGUGUACUAUUAAAAUAUGUUGUGCAAAAGUGGAGCUUUCCAUAUCUGUUUUAAAAUUCAAUUGCAGCUAAUUUUAAAAUAAUAAUAAUUAAAAAAAAGUUAUCUAUCUUCGGGUCCUGUCAUGUUACAUAUGCUUUACAUUAUUCCAGAACUGUAUUAAAUAUUAAUGAUUGGCACAAACUAUUGAGAAAACUAUUCUCAGCCUUUAUUUAUUAAAUAGGAUUAUGUAUAAAAAGAAAAUGGUGAACAGCAUCAUGUACAAGUCUGGAACCAGGGACAGAAUCGGGAGAUGAGGUUGACAACUUUUGGCAGUUCAAGUCAUUUUUAUAACAUUUUUCAUAUAAACAAUCAUAGCCAUUAGGAGUGUCAUUACUUCAUGCACUCCUAAGUAAUAGGAUAUCAUACAAAUGUAUGUAAACAAAGACAUAAACAUAAUAAAGGGAUAUAAAGAUAACAAUCGGGAUAUGGGAUCAGUAUAUGGUUUUCAAGGAGGUCCGUUUGUUAAAAUAUAAAUGGGAGGAAUAAUAAUGUCUAUAAGAAUGUAUGGUUAUUAGUUUACGAUUUCAUUUCACUGUGGUCGUCUUAGCUAGAGAUGAGCGAACUUACAGUUAAUUUGAUUUGUCACAAAC